CAAGCUAGGACGUACUUUGCCGUCGCGUAUCUCUUUCGAUAUUAUUACGUUCUUCGUAUCACCAGCCGUCGACAGUUCUAGUAUUACAGUGACGAAAAUAAAAUUCUUUAUUGGAACGAGUGGUUUGUUCUGUGGGGUGGUGAUCCGCAAAGUGAAAACAAAGUUCGGAGCGAUCGGAUUUAAUUGUUUGAAGUACUGUGCUCGUGACGAUAAGUGAUCAAUGCAUCAAACAAACAACUUUUAUCGCGACGCAAAUUCAGUCGUAAAACCUAGAGCCGUAAGUCAUAAGUCGUAACUCCUCGACUUUUGUUUCGGGGUAGAAGUGCUGUGCUGUGAUGUUGCGAGCCUCGCCCGUAAACGGCAACGCCGAAUAUUCGGGCAGCGAUGACGACUCGCCGUAAAAGUGACUUGUUCCGAUCCGGGGACAACAUGCUCUUGACUGUAUACGCGUGCUUGCUUCUCUGGAGGAUUGACUGUGUCGUCGAGAGUACGAAAGUGGUAAAAAGCAGUAUGCGCCACCAAACAACGUCGCCACUCAGCAGAAUCGGGCCCACAGCGUCUCUACGGGACGCCGAGCCGGACUUCAUAGGCCCGAUUGAAAACGUGACGGUCGCACUGGGCAGGGAGGCAGUGCUGACCUGUUCUGUCUCUGACUUGGGGGACUAUAAGGUAUGCAGCAUUUGUUUUUAUGACCUAUAA